AAAACAGUUUAAUUUUUAGGUUUGGAUGGGGUCGCCCCUACCAUCUAGUAGCUACCACCGAUCCCAGCCUGGUCUCAACUCCUAACCACAAACCACCACCAUAAAACUCAUUACUUAUAAAAGAUAUACGUAACUCUAUCGUAUUUGUCUCUAAAAAAACACAGAGCUGUGGUUGAGUAUGGCCGAAAAAAGCCCCAACAACAACACAGCCGGCAAGCCUAUUCGUUGUAGAGCGGCCAUUGCUAGAAUCCCUGGGGAGCCUCUAGUGAUAGAAGAAGUGCUUGUGGCUGCACCAAAACCUCGGGAAGUUCGGAUCAAGAUCAUAUGCACUUCUGUUUGUCCGGUGGAUGUUACCUUUUGGAGAUCUGAGCAUCCUCCGGCCAUUUUCCCUAGAAUACUCGGUCACGAAGCAGUGGGGGUUGUAGAGAGUGUUGGAGAAGGUGUACAUGAAGUUGUUGAAGGAGACACCGUGAUCCCAAUUUUUCUGCCCGAUUGCGGUGAAUGUACCGAUUGCUUGUCCGCAAAAAGCAACCUAUGUUCAAAACUGUCUUUCAGUAUUUCUCCAUGGAUUGGUAGAGAGGAGACAAGCAGGUUCACAGACAUCAAUGGAGAAACUUUAUAUCACUUCUUGUUUGUAUCAAGUUUCAGUGAAUACACGGUGGUUGACAUUGCUCAUGUUACUAAAAUUGAUCCCCAAACACCACCAGACAGAGCUUGUCUCUUUACUUGUGGAGUUGCAGCUGGGCUGGGUGCCGCGUUCAAAAGAGCAAACGUGGAAGCUGGAACAUCAGUUGCUAUAUUCGGUUUGGGAGCAAUUGGGCUAGCGGUUGCUGAGGGAGCAAGGCUAUGUGGAGCUAAAAAGAUCAUCGGUGUUGAUGUGAACCCGGACAAAUUUGAAAUAGGAAAGAAAUUUGGAGUCACUGAUUUCGUGAACUCGCGUAAUUGUGGUGACAAACCCGUGAGCGAGAUAAUAAUUGAGAUGACUGACGGGGGUGCGGACUAUUGCUUCGAAUGUGUAGGUUCGACAACAUUGGUGCAUGAAGCUUAUGCUUCUUGUAGAAAGGCAUGGGGGAAAACAGUUGUAAUGGGAGCUGAGCCUGGGGCAAUGUUGACCUUCAAAUCUUACGAGGUACUUGACAAAGGAAAGACCCUUAUGGGCGCCCUUUUUGGAGGUCUCAAGCCAAAAUCUGAUAUCCCAAUCCUUAUAAAACGCUACAUGAAUAAGGAACUACAACUAGAUGAAUUCGUGACACAUGAGGUCAACUUCAACGACAUCAACAAGGCUUUCGGUUUGCUUCUUGAAGGUAAGAGCUUACGAUGUGUGAUUUGGAUGAACAAGUGAUCGAAUAUCAUUACAACAAACUGAAGGUAAAAGCUUACGAUGUGUGAUUUGGAUGAACAAAUGAUCGAAUAUCAUUACAACAAAUUAUUGUUCUUUACUAGGAGUUGGUCAUUAUUUGCUUCAUUUGUUGUUUGAUAUGAUAAUUGUGUGUAGUUUCCCGUUUAAGCUUUCAAAUA